CUUAAAAACGCCACAGUCAGUGUUUUUCAUUCAAUGAUAAGACUUCUUAAUUUUCCAACUCAGACACAUUUGAGUCUGAUAAUUGCUUUGUUCGAGAUGGUUUGCGGAGGAUUUGUUUGCACGAAGAAUUCCCUAUGCGCUCUGAACAUACUUUAUGUUAUGGUGAGCUUGCUGCUGAUUGGAGUAGCUGCUUGGGGGAAAUGGUUUGGCCUGGUCUCCAGUAUUCGGGUGGUGGCUGGAGUCAUUGGCGUGGGCAUCUUCCUGUUAUUUGUGGCCUUCGUGGGCCUCUGUGGAGCCCUGAUGCACCACCAGGUCCUGCUGUUCUUUUACAUGAUUAUUCUGUUCCUGGUGUUCGUGGUGCAGCUGUCAGUGUCCGCCGCAUGUCUGGCUAUCAGUAAAGAGCAGCAGAAAGAACUCCUUGAGGUGGGCUGGAACAAGUCGGAGGCCACUCAGAAGGAUGUGGAGAGAACUCUAAACUGCUGUGGCUUCUUCCAUCCAAACUAUAAUGGCACCUGUGACGCGGACUGUUUCUCCAACCCAUUAUCCUGUGACCCUUGUGCUCCAAUCAUCCAAAGUCAUGCUGAGGAGGUUUUACGCUUUGUGGGUGGGAUUGGAUGCUUCUUCAGCUUCACAGAGAUCAUGGGAGUGUGGCUAACACACAGAUACAGAAAUCAGAAGGAUUCCCAUCCAAACUCUGGUGCAUUUCUAUAAAUAGCCUGUUCAUGAACUCAACUUUGCACUGUCAUGCAUUUGUAUUUAGAUCCUGUGACUCAUCUACGACUGUUUCCUAUUCAGAUAUCGCCAUUGCUGUGAUAAUAGAACUACGUUGAUAUAUCUAAUACUAUUGACUGUUUUUUUGACAAAGUUGGUGUAAACAAACUAUUCCAAUCCAUUUGAAUCUUGAGUGAUGGACACUGAAAUUGAGAGCAGUUACUUUAAGGUUAAAUUGACUGAGGUCACUGAUUGGUGUAGUGAUCAAAUGUCAUAAACCUACUGUGCACACCUUAUACAAACAGAGCACAGGCAGAGCGUAAUGUUUCCUGGUAAGCUGUCUGUGGAUUCCCAGUUUCAAACCCGGCUUUCUUUGGGUACCUACACAGUGCUGUCUUUGUUGCGUGUAUGGGGGGGUGGUAUUAGAUGUCAUACGGAUGCCAACAGAUUCAGCUUCUUUUUCAGAUUCAACUCUACUAAAGUUUAGAUGGAGUUGAUCACUUCACAGGGCAUGUACCAGUACAAACAUUAAGCUUUUUUUUGUCUGUGUUUCUAAAUGGUUAGGCCAUAUCAUCCUAUUAAUUUGAGAUCUGGAUGCGUCAAGCGUUACACAAACUGAUUUUGUAUCAGUUCAUAUUUACAACCCAUUUCUAAACAUCUAC